AUGGCAAAGGAUUCCCAAGCAGCCGGACAGGAUUUCGUUGCUCGGAAGUCACAGCCGCAUGCUGUGAGACACUUUGGGGCACAGAAGAUGAGCCAUCACGAUCAUACGAAGCAGUUCCCGGCGCUGUUGCCCGGUCCGCCACGCACACUUCCAGCACAGUCUUCGAUGUCCGUGAGUCGGCCAAAGAAGAACUCGACAGCUUGCCUAGCAUGCAAAGCCGCAAAGAGGAAGUGCUCUGGACCACCAUCCCCUUGCAAGGCCUGUUUGAGCGAUGAUGCCGAAAGCAAUUGCCACUUCGACCCAAGCCGCGAUUUGAGGCGCAAGGUGGGCGUGAAGCGAACCAUACAAGAGCUCACCGAUUACAAAGAUCUGUUCGAUUCUUUGUUGAGCACCAUUCGAUCAGCGCAGCACGACAAAGUGGUGAAACUAGUGGAACUGAUCAAGAACAAUGGGUCAAUGGGCGAUAUUGCUCUGGCGGUGGGCAGCGACGGAACCAGGUUCACGGAGCCUAAGUUCCUAACAGCCAUGGGCCAUCAGACCAUAGCAGAGGACGUGGACCAGCAUAUUGACUCGCUUAUUGAGACCUUUAAUCCACCUUUCCAUCGGGACUCGGCACCGAAUCAAGGAUCGACUUCGCCGGAAGAGCAUCCUAUGGAAUUACCACGAGCCGCAUUCGAUCCAUACGCUCGGGUCACUCUAGAAAAUCUCUGCUAUAGCCCCCUCUUCACGGUGCCUGCCAAACCCUGGACUGAAGUGACUGAUGACAAUGACCUUGUGUCGCAUCUAGUCUCACUGUACUUUACGUGGGACCACCCGUGCGCGCAGUUUGUGGAUCAAGGCAUCUUCCUGGAACAUAUGAAGAUGGGCAACCUCAACUCCGAAUUUUGCUCACCACUCUUGGUCAAUAGUCUUUUGUCUAUGGCAAGCGUCUAUUCUGACAGCCCUGGCGUUUUCUCAGACCUUGGAAAUGUAUUUUCCCGGGGGCAGAGUUUCUUCGACGAAGCCGAACGAUUAUUGAAACCCCAGGAGGGGCUUCCAAGUUUGACAAACAUCCAGGCUCUCCUAAUGAUGUGUUGUGUAUUGUCAUAUCAAGGAAAGACCAGUCGAGCAUGGUGGAUCCUGCGAGGGGCCGUUCAGCUGGCACAGGACAUGGACUUGUUUUCCUCUCCUCAGAAGGCGCAUCCGUCUGGGGAGGCCAUGUCGCCUGAGAUGGAACGAGUUCGUGCAAUCACGGCUUGGGGCAUAUUUGGCUUGAACCUUCAGCUAUCCAUGAAGCUCCGCAAAUUUACCAACUUGGCCCGACCUGCCUCCAGGUUAACUGUGGGAGGUAACGAGGACUUCGAGUGGACUCCGUACCCGCGGUCGAACCAAAUAACUUAUGCCACAAAGCCGGCACACCUCCCUCAAGUCAGGCAAGGCCUGGCCGAGCUAACAGAUAUCAUGGUACAUGUUCAAGAGGUCUUGCACGUUGAAGGUCUCCAUGAUAGUUUUCAUGAGUUGAUGACCAAAGCAGAGGGCCCUUAUAAACGGCUACAGAAGUGGCUGAGAACUUGGCCCGAUGCGACUCAAAUUGGAAGAGAGCCGAUUUCACAACUCCUUAUUCUCCGCAUUCAAUGCCUCCAGGCGAUCAUGAACCUUGUCGAAAGGUUGAUCGACCGAGAUCAAGAAGGAGCUAUGUCCCAACAAUUGCAGCGGACUUGGUGUGAACAGGCUGAAGGGAUGGCCGAGUGCCUUCGUAUUCAUCGCCAGUCGUAUGGUCUGAAACACGUUCCCAGUCAGGUUGCCGACGCGGUUCAAACGGCACUUCGGACCCUGGUGCAUCAGCUGGAUGUUACCGGCAACGCGAAACACGCUUUCAUUGAACUCUGUCGUUUUGGCAUCGUUCUUAGUCAGAAAUUUCAACCCACAGCGGAGACCGUCCGCGCCAUUCAGUUGCUGUCUCAACGUGGUGCUGUAAGACUGCCCACCGAAGCCGUCGCGAUCCUGGACGGGUCCGAGCUGAGCAAAGCGCAGGAGUGGUGA